AUGGAAAUUACUAAUAAACAAUGUCUAGAAAAUGCAUCAAGCUUAGCCUCUGAUGUGCACAACCCAGAGAAACUUAUACUAAACUAUGGUCCGCAAUCAAUUGCAGGUAUAAAUGUUCAACAAACAGAUCAAGAAGAGACGAUGUUUCCAUUUAUGUAUGGACACGAUAAAUGGCCACAUAAAGUGGAGAGGGCCUUCACAACUGCUUUACGUUUAAUAAUGAAAAGUGGAACAUCAAAAAUCAAAAUUCGUAACAAAAAUUAUGGUAGGAAUGAGUUGAUCUCAUUGUAUAUCAGGUAUGAAACUGGAGAAGUUAGGACGAAAAAGCAAAUAUCAUCGCAUAUCCAAGUAUGGAAAAAAUCUAUUUUGAGCAAAGCUUCUAGUAAUAUGAGACUAACCCCCAUGGAUGCAGAAAUUCUAAGUUUAAUUGAAAGAGGAGCAGAGCAAAAUAAAGAAUCACUAGAGAGAUUCUAUUCAACUUUUGAAGUAAUUAUAGAUACUCUCUCAAAGGAUACCACAAACCAUAAAUACUCUAAAAAUUCAUAUACUGGUCUAAAUGCAAGCGUCACUAAACUUUAUCCACAGUCAUAUAAUAGAAACACCUCCUAUGGUAACGAUUAUAAUAAUAUGCCGCCUACAAUCAUGGAUCCUAAUAUUACAGCGCCAAAUACCCAUGGGGUUCCUAGGUAUCAGUACUCAGGAAAUAUGAAUCCAUAUGUUGAGCAACAGCCUUCUACUUUCCAAAAUGCAAGGCAACUGCGUUACGCACCAAUUGAGAACUAUAGUGCGAUACAAAAUGAUCCCGUUAUAAGAUACAGUAAUAAUGACAAUGCUAAUAAUAUAGUUGGUGUUCAAAGAACAUAUUCUGAAUAUUACAAUGUACCAGUCGAACAAAUUGAAGAAAGGUAUUCACAACCAUAUCUUAAUAAUCACCCAGGCCAAGUAUCUGGUGCGUAUCAGACGUGGUUUCCAGGUGUGCAGCUUAGACAUCAAUCCGAGAUGAAAGAAGAUAAUCCAGAGACACAACAGAUAGGAUAUCUGCCACAGUAUUCUAGUUCGUCAGCAUCUUUAACUCCUCAGGUUUCUACUAACCAGCAGUUAACGAGUAUGGGUAAACAAAUACCAAACACAUAUUUACAACCAGUCCCUAAUUUCAGUGAGCCUGAUCGUGUAAAAUUACCACAUCUUGUUCAACAUAAUACGUUUAUUGGGAACCAACCAGGUCAAUUCAAUACGGCAUAUACGGACGAUACUAGAGGCUCUGCCUAUCCGGUUGUUCAAAAUAAAGACUUUAGAUCUACAAUAAACGCCCCUAAUAUACAAAGUAGUACGUCCUCUAAUGAUGUUACAAGCAUAGCACCAAUAGUAAAACCGACAAUUACGGCCCAAAAUUCUGGUAAAUUCGUCGAACCUGUCCACGAUAGACAAGGCACGAAGGUCAUAGCAGCUCUUCAUGAGCCAUCAAUUCAAUCAGAAAUACCGAUGAGUAACAGUAGUCGGAUCGUACAUACUGCGCCAUACUUAUAUCGAAAUUCUCCUGCACAACAGAAUUCACAGAAUAUUCCAAUGAAGCAACCAAUGGUGAUGGUGCCAUCUUAUCCGUAUUAUUCCCAAAAUAUCCCGGGACAAAUACAACGAAAAGAGGAAAAUUCAGAGUCCUUGCCAGGUAUUCAUCCAAAAUAA